UUGAUCCCCACAUGGAUCAUCACGUAUGUGGUACACGCAGCUUCUGAUCUGCUGCGGCAGGAAUUUCAGUGAUGUCUUGGGAGAAGGCUUAGCGCCGCCAACCGAUUCUUGACCUCUGUGAGUUUCAUCGGAUUCUCAGGUUUCCAUUGUAGCUGUCCUUACCUGUUUCGACGACAUUCUUUAAAAGAACUCUCAUUACCGACUUUUUGAGUGCUGUGUGGACUUCCCAUCAGGCCGAGCCUUUGAUCUAUUCUUUCGAGCGACUUGUGGUGCUUUCGAUUCUUUACUCGGUAUACCUAUUCAACAGACCAUUUACCUUCUUUUCGCACGACAGCUUUAGUCGUCACUGCUGCCGGUCAGCUUUCAUAUCAAGAUGCCUUCAUCACGCCUUUUCUUCAUUUUCGCUCUUUUGGCAGCGCUCGCGCUCGCCGCACCAUCACAGGUUCGGAGACAAGGUCUCGCGAAACGCUCUUUCAAAGUCCCGCGUCAGUUGAACACGGCACACCCCACCGGGCCCAAUGGCGCUGCUGCUAUGAGGAAGGUGUUCAGGAAAUACAACUUCGUGGUCAAGGAGGACUUCGCUGGAUACAACAGGGCGGCUAUGAACGCAAGCACCACAGCUGCUGGUGGUAACAAGACCGGAAGUGUUGCUGCGAACCCCGAGCAGAAUGCUGCUCUCUUCCUUUCGCCGGUUGAUGUCGGUGGCCAGACCCUGAACUUGGACUUCGAUUCUGGCUCUUCCGAUCUGUGGAUGUUCAGCACUGAGCUUCCCGCCGCUUCCAUCGGAGCUCACUCUGCAUUCGAUGCCUCCAAGUCGACCACCUUCAAGAAGACCGACGGUGCUCAGUGGAAGAUCACCUAUGGCGAUGGUUCCGGUGCUGCCGGAACUGUUGGCACAGACGUCGUCACCAUUGGCGGCGUCAAAGUCGAGGGUCAGACCGUUGAGUUGGCUAACCAGGUCUCGCAAUCUUUCGUCCAGGACACCAACACUGACGGCCUCGUCGGCCUCGCCUUCUCCAACCUGAACACUGUCAACGACGGCACCAAGAAGACUCCCCAGAAGACCUUCUUCGACAACGUCAUGAAAGACCUCGCCAUGCCCGUCUUCACCGCCGACCUCAACCCCGACGGCACUGGCAACUACGAGUUCGGCUCGAUCAACAUGACCAAGACCGUCGGCGCAAUGGCCUGGAUCCCCGUCAAGGCCGAGACUGGCUUCUGGCAGUUCGCCUCCACCAAGUUCGCCGUCGGCGACCAGAUGUUCGAGAACCCCCAGGGCUCCGACGCCAUUGCUGACACCGGCACAUCUCUCCUCCUCGUCGACCAGCAGGUCGCCGACGCCUACUACUCCAAGGUCCAGGGUGCCCAGCUCAACGCUCAGGUCGGUGGAUACAUCUAUCCCUGCGGCGCCACUCUCCCCGAUAUGUCCGUCGCCAUCGGCGCCAACUACAUGGCCAAGAUCCCCGGCAACCAGGUCACCUUCGCCACCGUCGACAAGGCCAACACCACCUGCUUCGGCGGCGUGCAGGGCAACCAGGGCGCCGGUCUCCAGAUCUACGGCGACACCAUGUUCAAGGCCCAGCUCGUUGCUUUCAACGGCGGCAACCAGUCGCUUGGGUUCGCGCAGAAGCGUCUGAACUAGGCGGAUAUGGUACUCACAUCCUCAUUCGAGCGCUUGUUGAUAGAUAACACAUGGACAUAU